AUGAAAGACCCUUUGCGACCCGGCCUGCAGCCAGUCUCACAACUUAAGACUGGACCAACAACUUCGAGCACUCAGUCGAGUACACUGCUCUCCCCAGCAUCUCCCUUGGUCCGAUCGUCACCGCAACUACGUGUGCAACGACUGUCCAGCCGAGAAGAUACGCAGGACUCCGUCAAAGAGAAGUCUACCGGCGACUUGAUCCGCCGAGUGCUCUACCCUCAGACUAGUAGCGGACAUGGCGCAUCUUCUCCGCAGCCAGCAGAAGAGGUCCUCCCUCCCCUCACGAGUUCUAAUGAGGUUGACCAUCAACUUUAUGCAAUCCUUGCGGUGAUAAUUAGAGAUUUUGUCUACACAUGGUAUUCAAAGAUCACCUCCGACCAAGCGCUUGUCAAUGAAGUCCUUCAAGUCAUUGCACACUGCACUCGAGCUCUGGAACAGCGGAUUCGCCAGGUCGAUGUGACGCAGCUGUUCUUGGAUGAGAUCCCUGCUUUGGUGGAAUUUCACAUACGCUCGUAUCGCCUCUCGAAGGAGGGCUCAAGUCUAUCAGGUCUUCCAACGUCACGUCGAGCGCUGUAUCACGAGUUGAACCCUCAUCCUGGUCUGCUCCCAAUCCCGGACCCUACAGAUCCUGACACGGUCACUGCCCAAGCGGAAAACGAGGCCGUGUAUCGGAGGUUACUGGCAAAUGGAACUCUGGCAGUUCUUCUACCUACUGAAGACCUGGGAAAUAGUAGUCUUCGGUAUCUUGUGGGCGACAUCGUGUCGGAUUUGAUACUGGGGAAACAAAUUGGUGCCAGAGUUUGCCAGGGAUGGUUCCUGUGGGAAAUCAUAGGGAAAGCUGCAGACGCAGGACAACGUCGGGAGGCAUCCAAAGGUUCCAACUCUCCCACAGAUGUUGGCGCCAGUCAGCUUGACAAAUUUGGUCUAUUACACGAUGAAGAUGCCCCAGCCAAGACCGACGACAACCGUCAGUCGCGCACAGCUGUAUGGCUAUGGUCUAUCCUUCAAAACAUCUACCUUGUCUACCUUGGCUUGCGUUUCGUGGUGACUGGUUUGUUCCAGGUUGCAUCGGGCUCCAAGAAGGCAGCGUCUCGCGAUGGCAGCGUCUCUAUUCCUGCUGCAACGUCGUAUGUCUCUCACGCGGAGGGUCUGCAUACCUGGUCGUCAGAAGGUGCUACGACUAAGAUCCCGGUUCUCGAUUAUCGCUUGUACUCCAUGCUCUCGCAGGUUCUUUGUAUCCCAUCACGGCUGCCUUGGCUUUCUGGAAUACUUGCCCUUGCCCGACAUAUGACUCUGGCGGGUCCAGGAAGGAUUGGGAAAUCAGACGGGAUACUAGACAGGUGA